UACUUCCUGCAUGUGCCGACAAUAUGGCAGCGUCCAUAGCGAUUCAUCUGGAGUUUGGAGGAGGAGCAGAGCUGCUAUUUAAUGGUGUGAAGAAGCAUCACGUGACUCUUCCAAGCCAGUCAGAACCUUGGGACAUGAAGCAGCUGCUGGUCUGGAUCCAAAGGAACCUGCUGAAGGAACGACCUGAGCUGUUUGUCCAAGGAGACUCUGUGAGGCCUGGGAUCCUGGUACUUAUCAAUGAUGCAGACUGGGAACUAAUGGGGGAACUGGACUAUCAACUACAAGACCAAGACAACGUUGUGUUUAUUUCUACUCUUCAUGGAGGAUAAAAAUUUUUUUAAAAAAAAAGAAGAAGACAAGGAUUUUAAAUGUUUCCUAACAGUUCAGCCUUUUCACCACAUCAUCUCUUCUUACUCCCCCACCACCACAUCCCAGCAAUACAUCACCCUAUUGGAUGUUGCAGAUGUGUCAACCUGCCCAGCGACAACUGAGAGGAUUGAUGAUGUUUUAUGGGAAUGAGGAGAAAUUCUCAUAUAGAAAGAUGGAAACUGUUAGAAACUGUUAGACUGGUGUAAUGGGAAGCGAUACAAAUCCUGAUUGCACUGGCCAUCUCCCAGGCACCAAUGUCAGUAUCUACACUUACUGGGUCUGCCUUCAUCUCCAUGCAGACACUCUUCCUGCAUGUCUGUCCUGAAGGUUAAAAAUUAGCUGCAAAUCACCACUUUAGAAAAACCCCCCACAAGUUACUCCCUCUUCCAUUAGUGUUUCAGAGCAAUGUAUUAACAUUUAAUAAAUGGUUUAUUACACACUGACUGUGCUUUAAGUGUUUAUAAAUAUGUAAACAAUUAAAACCCACUCAAAGAUAUUUAAUAUGCUUACAUAUUUGUUAUGUUGCUGUCAAUAAUGUGUUCAUAUACAAACAGCCAGUUACAUGUUUGUUUGUAUUUGACAAGUCUAUUACUUAACAUCCUAAAAACGUAUUUGUAUCCCCUUGAGAGCAUUUUUUUUAAUCUCAUGUAAACCUUUUAUGAAAUGUUUUUCCUCAAUGUGUUUUGCCUUAAAUGUCUAAAAAAAAAAAGGUUCAAUUUUUUUUCCUUUUUUUACAUUUUUAAUUUCAUUGUCUUUAAAAUUGUCCUUCGUUUUAAUAUAUACAUUUAUUUGUACCACAGUUUCUGUCACAUUUUUUCUGCUACUUUUUUUUGCGCUGUUUCAACAUUCAAUUUAUCAGGAUUUUUAUUUUUUGGCUUGUUUUUUGGAGGGUGGGGGGUUCUAAACCUAGACGACAGAAAAAUACUACCAAAAAACUUAAGUAAAGAACAUGUUCUUUAUAUAAAUUUGUACACUAUCACAGCUGUCGUUUUAAAUUUACAAAUACCGCAUAAAUCGCUAGAAAUUACCUUUUUUCCGUAGCGAUCGACCACUCGUAUCAUAAAUCAAGUCACCGUGUGUUUAGGCAAUUAAUAU